UGAAAUGUCGGCAGUAACCUGGAACAGAGGAAGUAAAUGAAUGUAUAUUUGGUUCUAUUUGAUCGAUACUACGUAGUUAUAAAUGAUUCUAUUGGAAGAUUGACAAAUGACGAUAUUCUACGUAGUAUAACGUUAUCACCAAUGAGUCUGUAUGAAUCUAUCAAUAAUUAGACCUUUAAUUAAAUAUCUAAAAUGUUAAUACUUUGUUUAGAUUUAUAUUGAAUUGUAUUGAUUUUAUGGGAUUGAUCGUAAAGGAAUAUAUAAAUAUAUAUCCAUGAUUUGAUGUGAUUGAUAAAUGAAUAUAUAAAACUAUUAAUUUUUCUAGGCGUUGACCAUCGAAUGCUUUGACUACGACUUGUUUGCGCUGUCGGCGGAUUGCGGCGACGAUUUCAUUGGCGCGACGACGAUCGACCUGGAAGAUCGGUGGUUUGACGACCGGUGGCGCACGUUGGGCCACUUGUCGGAAGGCACGUUCCGACCUGUGGAAACUCGCCAACUGUACACGCCGUCGAGUGUGAUCACGCAGGGGUCGUUGCGGCUGUGGCUGGAUAUUUUGACGCCUGUGGAAGCGACGGCGUCGCCGGCCGUGGACAUUUCGCUGCCGCCCAUCGAAACGUUUGAAGUUCGUGUGGUGAUUUACAAAGCCAAGGACGUCGUGCCCGGCGACGAGCUGUCCGAGUUGAGCGACCUGUUUGUCAAGUGCUGGAUGCAGUCCAACAAUGACAAGGCGCAGCACACGGACAUCCACUGGCGCGCCAAAAACGGCAAAGCCUCGUUCAACUGGCGCAUGAAGUUUGACAUUGCCCUGCCCGUGGACCCUCAAAACGAACUGGACAAGGGCCACUUGCACGUGCAAUUGUGGGACAAGGAUUUGCUGUUUGACGACUGUUUGAGCGAUACGAUCGUCAACUUGACCGAGUCGUUGAAACUCGCGUACAAAACCAAGCAACUCGUGAACGUAUAUGCCAAGCCCAAGCCAGUCAAGCUCAAGUCCACCGCCGCCUCCACGGCGGUGACGCCGCUGAACCAGCCAUCGUUGUCCAAAUUUAGUGGUGCGUUGUCGCCCCUGGUGGACGACAGUGUCGAUUUGGAAGGAGGGGGCGAGUCGACGGCGUUGCUGACCCGGGCGUCGAGUUUGUCGGCAACGACCAAAUCGUCCCAGCGCGUUGUGGAGAAACAACGGCAGCCCAAGGUGGAAGACAAGAAGGAAAGCGUCGACAUGAUGCUUAAAGCACUCAAGUCCCGCAUCGGCAUGGGAGACGACCCAGACGAUGCCACGUGGCUGACGUGCACGACCGUGGAUCCACACACAAAGACGCGCGUCGAAGCCGGCAAGUUGCUCCUGGCCAUUGAAAUCAUCCCGAAGCCGGAGGCGGAAGUCCGGGCGGCGGGGCUCGGCCGCAGCGAACCCAAUGCGUUCCCAACGCUUGCUGAACCCGCCGACCGCUUGCACUUGACGGCGCUAUUCAACCCGUUGACGUUGAUCGAAUCGUUGCUGGGCCCCAAAGCGUACGGGGCGUGCUCGAGUUUUUUGUUUUGUGCACUCAUUGUGGCCUUCUUGGUGUUUGCGGGGCCAUUGGUGAACGUGUUGUUGACGCUGAUCAACAUGAUUCCGCCGCCAUUUGGCUGGAUUGUGUUUGCGUCGUUGGUGAUGGUGAUCGUGCUGGGCUUUUGCUACUGUUCGUACCGAUGCCGUCGCGCCAUCAGUGACGUCAACAAGGACUAACAAGGGCCGCCCUGUUGUAGUGAUCUGCAAUAUAUAUAUAUAUGUAUAUAUAACGUAAUAAAU